AUGUACAUGAUUGAUGAGAUAAAAGAAUACAGGGAACUGAAAGUCGAAGCAACAGGAUCAGGAAGUGAAGAAGAAGUAUGUAAAGGAAAAUUCAUAAGUGCGGAAAAAAAUGCAAAAGGACUUAGCGAACCCAAUCGCAUAAAAGCUCUUAGAUACCAAAUUCAAAUUAACCUAGAGGACUAUAUUAGUGAUCGACAGUACGAUUCUAGAGGACGAUUUGGUGAAAUAUUGUUAACGCUACCAGCACUUCAGUCAAUCACAUGGCAGAUGAUUGAACAAAUUCAAUUUGCCAAACUUUUUGGAGUUGCCCACAUAGACAGCUUAUUGCAAGAAAUGUUACUUGGUGGAGCUACUCCUGAUUCAAACACAUCAAAUGUAUCGCCAGUUCCUAUGGUAAACGACUACCAAAGUCCCAGCACUAAUUCUCCAGGCAGUCCAUCGGGCAGCCAUAGCCCAACAGUAUCAGAUCAUCAGAUAUCCAGCCCAGAUCUGGCCCCAAUUCAUCCUGCUCAAAUAAUUUGCGAUAUACCAAGUGUCCGAAGUGGCAGUAUGCAGGAAUUACAAUCAAAUAAUAAUCAUUUGCACAAUUUGGAUGAUGUAGCAUAUAAAAUGAAUUUCAAACAAGAACCUUCUUUAGAAACUGAUUCAACUUUUUGAUUGUUUCUUUUACUGGUAAUAGGCGAAAAUUAUCAGUAGUACAAAAGCAAUUGAGUUGUGCAAAAUUGAUUGUACAAUUUAUCAAGAUUGAUGUUUGCAAUUUUACAUCACAUUUGUAUGAAGAGUUCAAUUUAAUAAUUCAUUGAACAAACACUUUAGUUUUAUAUGUAUUUUGUAAUAAUCAAAUGGCUGUCAAUAACUGCCAAUUA